GUCGCUCGUGCGUCAUGACGUCAGGGCGGCGCAGGCGCGCCGUCGCGCCUGGCUCGCGCGGGAAGGGCGCCGCCCUCGCGCGAGCAGUUGCAGGCCGCGGGGCGCGAAGGCGGCGGCGUCCUGCCGCGUUGGCGGCCGGCGGGGGAGCGGCGCCGCUGGCCGGGAGUCAUGGAGAAGCACUCCAAGCCGACGAAAUCUGCCGCCUCGGCGGGAGGAAAGCGGCACCAGUACCUGCACGAUAAAGACAGCAUUAAAGAAAAAAGGAAACAAUCAAAUGCUGAAGCUUUAGUUAUAGCUCCAAUGGAAGAAGAGUCUUUUACAGACUUGACGAAAACUGAACUAUUGACUUUGAAAGCUAACAGGACAAAGAUAAGAUAUGCCAAUACAUACAGACUGGAGUCAUAUAAUAAAUUUCAGGAUUAUGUAGUAAGAAACAAAGCUCAAGAGAUACUAACGAGUAGACUUCAAGAAACCAAAUACGAUGGAGUUUCUAGUCCCUCCUUGUGUGCUUCAAUCUCUGAAGAAAUAUUAAUGGCUAUUAAGGAGUUGGGCUAUGACCGUUACAAGUAUGUCGUAUCAGUACUAAUUGUGGAAAAGGCAGGUCAGGCAAUAAAUGUUGCCAGCAGAUGGGUCUGGGAUGUUCAGAGAGACACUUGGGUUUCAGCUGAAUGUGAAACUGAAACCUUUAUUGCGCUGGCUUUGGUAAUGGCUUGUUAUUAUGAGUAAUAAGCUAACUAAAAGCCACACCUCUUUUUGAGCAUCGCAGUACUUAGUAUAUUUGGAAAUUUUCAGAACAUCAUUAUUUUAGCACUAAAUUUUUACCCUAACGCUGUUGGUACAGUCAAGUUGACAUAUUUCAGCUAAUUUUACCUAUUCUUCUCUUUGAGAAAACUUGUGAAAUAUCUAUGGUUGAGUACAUACGGGCUUCAUCUGUUGUAACUCUGUUUUGGAAGUUAAAGCAAGUGGUGUAAAGCUAAACCUUGCAAAAUAUUCAAUAUUACUUUCUAGUGCAUGCCUAUUCUUGCUAGGAAAUGUAUUUAAAAUAAACCAAGAGUAUCAAUUUUGUUUAAAAGUUUGUGCUUCAUUAGCUUUGUAAGAGAAAGCAGCGUUUGAUUUGUUUUUAUUCUUGUAAUGAUGAUAGAAUGCCACAGCUUGAGUUUGUGUAGAAACGUAGUAAAAUGAGAAGUCAUCUUUACCAGCUGUCUUUACCCUUUUUAAGUCUUUAUAGAAUAGUAUAAAAUAUAGGAUAUUUUCUCCUUAACCAUUAUUUCUUAAUAGCUAAUCACACUUAGGGUUUUUGCACACACAUUAGUUUGUCUUCAACAAUGUGGGGUUUUAAUCAUUAGCUUCCUUGGGCCUUAAACUUGCAUUAAAUAUCCGCUCUGUGUUCAGGCUGGUGGCAGAAAUACUGAAUUCAGUGAGUUUGAUCGAUUCGCUAGACUAGCUUCUAAUGGCAAAGGCGGAGAGAUUGAAAUAUACUCAGUAACAAGACAACUGAAAAUUUGUACACAACCAGCAAGCACAGCAGUGAUUAUAUUUUGAAAAGUCACUGUGACAUAUCUGUAUGGUACUUAGGCUUUUGGUUUUAGAACUGGAAAUUGAGCAUUGACACCGCUUUCAUUUCAAUUACAUUGUUAAAGAGUUGAAAAUAAAUGCACGUAAGCAUAUAAA